GACAGAUUCAUUAAUUAAGUUUAAACUUCUCGUUUUAACCUUCUUGAUAUGCUUUUACCGUCAUAAAAUAUCAUGACACGUUUAAAACCAUAAGUUCAAAAAUAUACUCCUGAUAGGUGUAAGAACUCUGUCUUUCAUAAAGAAGUUCAAAAAUAUACUCGUGACAGGUGCAUGAAGUUUGUCUUUCUUUCGUAAACUCUAUGGACAGUCAAAUACCAUCACUUUGGGCCCUUACAUCAUACUAUAUUCACUUUAUGACUUCAACUGGUCAUCUUUCUAUAUAAAAAUAUAGUACGUAAGUACAAUUAAAGUGAAAUUAAUACUGUUAAUUCCAUCUCUAGGAUAUGGCUAUUUGACAAAAACAGAAAAAUAUCUUGAAUAGUGAGAAGAAACCCCUUACCUCUUUGCUAUAUAAAUAGUUAAUUUAACUUAAGAAAGCUGAAAACCCAAUGUUUCUUUUUAGAUUUUCCACACAUUAAUUUACUUUAAAUCAAUAAAGCAAAUACAUCUCCAUAACUUUUCUUUUUUGUUAUUCCAAAGAACUAAACUUGAGCAACUAAUCCACUAGUAAAUAUUCCAAAUUUCAUGUAUGAAAUAAGGAGGUCGCAGUUCGAGCCGUGGAAAUAAUCCGUGUGGUUUGGUCCUUUCUUGGACCCCGCACAUAAUGAGGGUUUAGUGCACUGUACCAUAAUUAUAAAACUAAUUUGUACAUCCAUCACAAUAUAAAAGUGAUGGAUAUAUACUUGCAGUGUUGGGCACUAUAUAUAUGACCAAAAAAGAAACUUGGAAUCCCAAGAAAAGAUAGAAUUAAAAUGCAGAGGGACUUGAGUGACAAAGCAAGUCGAAGAUCACAAGCUUACAUAGCGGCAUCUGAAGGGAGGUCUCUAGAAAUUUUACGCGAGUUUUGGAGAGAAGAAGGUGUUUCCCCGAUGGAUAAUCGGGGUGAUACCAUUCUUCACUUUCUAGCAAUCCAUGGUAACUUGGCGGGUUUCGAAAUUCUUUAUUCUAAUUUGAGCAUUAAAGAUUUGGAAACUAGGAAUAGUAAUGGAGAUACACCAUUGCAUGAAGCUGCAAAAUUUGGUAAAAAAGAUGUAGUUGAGAUGAUUUUGAAGAAGGAGAAGGACUUAGUUUUUGUGCGCAACAACUUAGGUGAGACACCACUUUACGUAGCUGCGGCAAGUGGAGAGAAAGAUGUAUUUACUCUUCUAGCAAAUUGUGAUUUUAGUGAGGUAACUAUGAAGAGGAAUGAUGGUAAAACUGUACUUCAUGCAACAGUAGCCCAUGAUUGUUAUGAUCUAGCAAUAUAUAUUGUGAAUCAAUAUCCUGAACUUGUUAACCAACGUGAUAAUGAGAAAAUGAGUGCUUUGAAUGUGAUUGCUACAAAGCAAUUAUCAUUCAAAAGUGGAUCUGAUUAUUUGUUUGAAGAAAUUGGGAAAACACCUUCUGUUCCUGUUCAGAUGAUUGAAACUAUGAUCUAUUCUUGUAUUCCUCCAUUGUAUACACAUGCUAGCACCAAAAUUGUCAACAGAGAAAGGUUUUUAUUCACCAAUUUUGUGUUAGGUAAUUUCUGGUUACAAGUCAUUGAUGAAGCAAAGCAAAACCAUAUUCUUGCUCUAAUAUUAGCAAAAAUGUUGCUGGAAAAUUAUGAUUGGGACUAUAAUACUGACUACAUUGUGCCAAAUCCAUUAAUACAAGCAUCAAAUCUCAAAAUCAAUGAGUUAGUUGUUGAAAUUUUGGAAAUUUACCCUGAAGUUGUUGAGACAUUAGAUGAACAGAAGAGGAACAUAUUGCAUAUAGCAGUGGAACAUAAGAAUAGGUUUUUGUUUGAUUAUUUGGUAAAAAAAGUGGCUCAUAUAGAAAGGAUGUUGGCUGAUAUUGAUGAAGAUGGGAAUACAAUAUUGCAUUAUGCAGCAAAUGUUGGAUCACCAUUUAGGACAUCAACUUCAGAGCAUUUUGAGGAAGUGUGGUGUGUGUUGUCUGUGUUCAUGAUGAUGUGGGGGAUUCUUUGGUUUAAGCACGUAAAAUACCACGUACAUCCACGCCUAUGGGACGUUAAAAACUCCAAGGGUGUAACAGCAGAAGAACUAUUCGAAAAAAACCAUCUACAUAUACGAAAAGAAGCAGAGGACGCUAUUAGAAACCUCGCGAAUUCAGCUCUGAUACUUGCUACUCUCCUCUGCACAGUCAAUUUUGCCGCGAUUUUCACAGUUCCUGGAGGAUUUGAUCAGAAAACUGGCCUACCAAUUCUCCUCCAAAAUUUGAAACGUGAACUAUGGAUGUUGAUAUUUUACUUAGGUGCAGCACUUAUAAGUUCAGUAGUCACAAUUGGUACAUUGUUAUCAUUUAUUCUUUGCAAAUUUCAUAGUGAUGAUUUUUACGUUGCUUUGCCUAUAAGGGUCAUAAUUGCUAUGGUUUCAGUAUUUUAUGCCACAACAUUUUCAGUUUUGGCAUGUGUGCAAACACUAAAUCUUGAUAAUAUUUUUUUGAACAAAGAUGUAUGGUGGCUAAUUAUAGUUAUGGUAGUUGUUGGAUUUAUUAUGACCCUUAUUUAUAUAGAUUUAGCAUUUCCAAUUUUUGAUUAUUUGUAUUAUUUUGUUUCUUAUUCAUUUAUAUCAAAUAAGAGAGGGAGUAAUCUUCCGGCUGUUCGUGGACACCAUGGUUGA